AUGCCUAGGUCCUACAAGAUUAGACGCAAUCGCUUUCGCUGGAAUAAGUCUGAUUUGUACGAUGACGUGCGCUAUGAAGCAGAUAGUCUCCAUAAUUACGUUCCGAAAAGACAUGACAGAGCAGGGAAGGCAAGGAAUCCGCGAAGAUCUAAUCCUUCCAAUGCUUUCGUAAAGCACGCUGUCCAAAUGAACUUGGUACAAAACAAUGUUUCUCCACCUUCUCAUUCCACCGGAUUGAUGCAGGGAGAAAUUUGGGUUCGUGUUAGAAUUGUAUCAGCUGCUGGUUAUUCUGUGGACUGGCUUCGCGAAGCGCUCAAUAGUGCUUGCGGUACUCAGUUUAGGCUCUACAACAUUAUGACCGAGUGUAAUAAUCGUGUUGUUUUCAUCAAGAUGCGCCAACGACAGCUUCCUGAGUGCCGAAAGAUGGUUCAAUCUGUGAGAGAUCCUAUUGAGGGUAAACCCUUGGUGAUUGACCUCACUGUCGUGCCUGAGCCUUCCGUACCCUCUCCAAAUAUCAAUCAGGAUGCAAAUUCUGAAAUAAUAGAUUCCUCGCUUCCAACUACUUGGCUCGAGGCUCUUCAACGCUGUUUUGUAGAACGCUUUCAAGCAACAAGUGCCUGCCUUGACCUAUCUAGUCUGCAUACGGAUCCUACCCUUCUCAGUCAAGGUCUUUAUCUGCCUCUUAACAAAUCAUCCGUCGCUGAUGCCUUAGUCAAUAUUCUAAGACAGAAUAAUGCUAAACUCUCCUCUCUCAAUCUUGCAAGCAACCGUCUAUCCAACUUGUAUGCCUUCUCCGGGCUUUGGAAAUCAGGUCCAUGCGCCAACCCUUACCCGGCGGUUUCAAUUCAGCGUUUAGAUCUUAGCGCCAAUCCUCUUUCUCAUCUAAAUCUCUUGCUCCCUCUACGUGGGAUCCAGAAUCUCGUGGAACUGGACCUAUCGGAUACUCCCGUCAUGCUUCGCAACGAGACUAAUGACAAAUCAUUGGCUGCCUUUGCGUUUUCUCUUGCUCUCUAUGUGGUCUUGUCACUUGGAUCAAUCGACAAAACCCUCUUCCCCUCUCCAAUCGAGGCAGAAGAAUUCGGCAAUGGACAGGAGCUUCCAGCCACCAUCCAAUUUGCAGUUGAACAGGGGAUUACCACGGAAAGUUCUGAAUCUUUGAACAAACUCCCUCUUCCCGAGUCCGUUCUUGGAUACUUCCCCAACGACACCAUUCGCCUUCCUCUUUUGACUUUUCUCAAAGGAUAUCUAAACAAAUUUGACAUGGAGCGCCGUGGCGAGCAUUUGCUGCCAUACUAUUCUGCCAAUUCUGUCCUUACCAUUUCAACUUCACCUUUUUUCUCCGGGGGCUGCGGUUACAGUGGAUUAUCCGGCAGUGGUGGCGGUAACAAUCAGCCGGUUUCAGCUACUAUAACAAUGCCAGAAACUGGCCGUCGUGUUCUCCUCUGUACUGCUCGCCUUCCUGAUGUCUACCUUUCUCGGAGCCGCAAUUUGCUGCGCUGCCGUGACGAAACACGUCGUCGCGAUCUGAUCGCUCGUGGUACUCUGGGCAUUGCAUCACAAUUGGAUUCCUUGCCAUGCACUGAACAUCUUUUAGAUACACUGUCAAUAGACGUCAUAUUUCAUUCGGUGCAUAAACUCUCUGUGCCCUCAAUUUCUUCGGCCGCCUCCUCAUGCCCUGCCAACCGCCCAGCUGAACUACGUAAAGUGUUGCGAUGCUUCAGCCGCACCAUGAUUUUGGUGGCGCCCGAGGGUCACAUCAUUCAAGAGGACUUCAUCAUCUCUAACCCAAGUCAUGCCCUUGUAAAGAAGCACAUCUUCGACGUAGAACAUUCAGCCAAAAUGACUAUUCCUCUACAGCCAAGUAAGGCUGGCGCCUUGGAAGCUCCCGUGACACCGGCCUCAAACUUGCCAACUUCAGCGACUUCGCGCGACGACCACUUACGCCUCUUCUGCCAGCGCACUGGGAUGAAUGAAGCGUUCGCCCGGCAAUGUCUUGAGGAGUAUCAAUGGGAUUUUGCUAGGGCUGCAGAAAGUUUUGACCUUAUGCAUGCGGCUGGCAGUAUUCCUGCCGCAGCUUUUGUCCGGUAA